UGGUUUCUCGUGCGAGUGGCGCGAUACGGUGCCCUUCCGAGGUGAAGGGGAAGGGUGGCCUGUCGUCGGCAUUUCUCGACUUAAGUUCACAUCGAGCUUGAAUAUGGUGAAAAAUUGCAGCAGCGGGAGCGUUAAAAUAAUCUGGCGCACUAGCAGAAGUCUGCCGUUGCUCAGCAAGCUUCAUCUUCUGCAGCGCUGGGACGAGAAUGUGGCCAAAAGCAGUGCUCUGAGCAGCCCUGACUGGCUGGGCUACGGGGUCGCAGGUGAGCCAUGUCUUUCCAUUCCGGACGAGGAUGUCCCCGUGGCCAGGGGGGACCAGGAGCACGGCCUUCAACACAGACCUACCGACCUCAGAACCUACGGCAGCUUCACCCUCAGCAGCCCUCCGUGCAGUACCAGUAUGACCAGCAAAAUGCCCCUCCAACAACCUAUUCGAACCCUCCAGCCACUGGUUACAUGCCUCCUAGGCCAGACUUUGUGCCGUAUCCUCCUCCAGUGCCCCCUUCCUCACAGAAUCCCAUUAGCCAGUGUCCCAUGAGGCCGCCUUUUCCAAGCCAUCAGAUGAGGCAGAGUUUCCCAGUGCCUCCGUGCUUCCCUCCCGCUCCUCCACCAGUGCCAAAUCCUAGCAACACCCCCGUGCCAGGAGCUCCUACUGGGCAAAACACAUUUCCUUACAUGAUGCCGCCUCCCACAGUACCACAUCCUCCCCCACCCCCAGUCAUACCGCAGCAAGUCAGCUACCAGCCCGUUUACUCCGCAGGGUAUUCGCAGCAGUCAUUCCCACCUCCUAACUUCAACAGCUAUCAGCAGAAUUCCAGCUCUUUUCAGAGCAACGCUACCAAUAGUGGUGGUAGCAGCAGCCAUUUUCGGCACACGGGUCAGUACCAGGGAGAGAAGUCGCAAAGCGAUCGACGGUCUCCAGAGAGGAGCAAGCACUACGAGGAGCACCGGCAUCGUGAGCACGGGCACAUCCACAGUGACAGGCAUCGGUCCAACAACCACGGGGACCGUCGAGAUCGAGGCCGGAGUCCAGAUAGGAGGAGGCAAGAAAGCAGUCGGCACCGGGCGGAUUAUGACAGAGGAAGGAUAUCACCUCACCAUAGAAGUUAUGAGCGUAGCAGGGAGCGGGAAAGGGAGAGGCAUAGGCACCGUGAUAGCAGAAGAUCACCGUCACCAGACAGGUCCUACAAAAAGGAUUACAAGAGAACAGGAAGCCGCUCUCCAAGUAGAGAGAGAAAGAGACCUCGAUGGGAGGAGGACAGAGAAAGGUGGUCUGAGAACCAGAGUGCCAGCAAAGAGAAGAAUUAUACCACUAUCAAAGACAAAGAGUCGGAGGAGAAUGCAUCUGAAAAAAAUGAAGAGGAAGAUGAUGAAUUACUUAAGCCAGUCUGGGUUCGCUGUACCCAUUCCGAAAGCUAUUAUUCUAAUGACCCUAUGGAUCAAGUGGGGGACUCUACUGUGGUAGGAACAAGCAAGCUCAGAGAUCUGUAUGAAAAGUUUGAAGAGGAGUUAGGAAGGCGGCAGGCCAAGGCCAAAGCAGCCAGGCCACCAUGGGAGCCACCAAAGACCAAGCUAGAUGAAGAUUUAGAGAGCUCCAGUGACUCAGACUGUGACUCUGAUGACGACAGCAGCUGCUCUAGCAGUUCGGAUUCUGAAGUUUUUGACGUCAUUGCAGAAAUUAAGCGUAAAAAAGCACACCCUGAUCGUCUUCAUGAAGAGCUGUGGUACAACGAUCCGGGACAGAUGAAUGAUGGACCACUGUGUAAGUGCAGCGCGAAAGCCCGACGAACAGGAAUAAGACAUGGCAUUUAUCCUGGCGAAGAGCCCAUUAAGCCGUGUCGCCCCAUGACCAACAAUGCUGGAAGACUAUACCACUAUCGAAUUACAGUGUCACCUCCCACAAACUUCCUAACAGACAGACCUACUGUUAUUGAAUAUGAUGACCAUGAAUAUAUCUUUGAAGGUUUCUCCAUGUUUGCGCAUGCCCCAUUGACAAACAUUCCCUUAUGUAAAGUAAUCAGAUUUAACAUUGACUACACAAUUCAUUUCAUUGAGGAGAUGAUGCCUGAGAAUUUUUGUGUGAGAGGGCUUGAGCUGUUCUCUUCUUAUCUAUUCAAAGAUAUUUUGGAGCUCUAUGACUGGAAUCUUAAAGGUCCUUUGCUUGAUAACGAUUCUGCUUGCUGCUCCAGAUUUCACUUCAUGCCGCGAUUUGUGAGAUUUCUUCCAGAUGGAGGGAAAGAAGUACUGUCAAUGCAUCAGAUUCUUCUCUACUUGUUACGAUGCAAUAAAGCUCUGGUGCCUGAAGAGGAGAUUGCCAACAUGCUUCAGUGGGAAGAACUGGAAUGGCAGAAAUACGCAGAGGAAUGCAAAGGGAUGAUCGUUACCAGCCCUGGCAUGAAACCCAGCUCAGUUCGUAUCGAUCAACUGGACCGUGAACAGUUCAAUCCUGAUGUAAUUACUUUCCCCAUUAUUGUCCACUUUGGGAUACGACCUGCUCAACUCAGUUAUGCUGGAGAUCCUCAAUACCAAAAGCUGUGGAAGAGUUACGUGAAGCUGCGUCACCUGCUGGCCAACAGUCCCAAAGUCAAACAGGCUGAUAAACAGAAAUUAUCACAAAGAGAGGAAGCACUGCAGAAGAUCCGGCAGAAGAACACGAUGAGACGUGAGGUGACUGUGGAGCUGAGCAGCCAGGGCUUCUGGAAAACCGGGAUUCGCUCUGACGUCUGCCAGCAUGCAAUGAUGCUUCCUGUCCUCACCCACCAUAUUCGCUACCAUCAGUGUCUGAUGCAUUUGGACAAAUUGAUAGGCUACACUUUUCGAGAUAGGUGCUUGCUGCAGCUUGCCAUGACUCAUCCAAGCCAUCACUUGAACUUUGGAAUGAAUCCGGACCAUGCCAGAAAUUCCUUAUCCAACUGUGGGAUUCGACAGCCAAAGUAUGGAGAUAGAAAAGUUCACCAUAUGCACAUGAGAAAAAAAGGAAUAAACACCUUGAUAAAUAUUAUGUCCCGUUUGGGACAGGAUGAUCCAGCUCCUUCCAGGAUCAAUCACAAUGAGCGUUUAGAAUUUCUGGGAGAUGCUGUGGUGGAGUUUUUAACAAGCGUCCACUUGUACUACCUGUUUCCCACCCUGGAGGAAGGGGGAUUAGCUACAUACCGCACUGCCAUCGUACAGAACCAACAUCUGGCCAUGUUGGCUAAGAAGCUGGAACUGGAUCGAUUUAUGCUUUACGCUCAUGGUCCGGACCUUUGCAGGGAGUCAGAUCUCCGCCACGCCAUGGCCAACUGCUUUGAAGCCCUAAUAGGAGCUGUUUAUUUAGAGGGGAGCCUAGAAGAAGCCAAACAAUUAUUUGGACGUUUGCUCUUUAAUGACAAGGACCUGCGGGAUGUAUGGCUUAAUUAUCCACUACACCCACUCCAACUGCAAGAGUCCAAUACUGACAGGCAACUCAUUGAGACCUCUCCAGUUCUUCAGAAGCUCACAGAGUUUGAGGAGGCAAUUGGAGUCAUUUUUACUCACGUUAGGCUACUAGCACGUGCAUUCACCCUGAGGACAGUGGGUUUUAACCAUCUGACUCUAGGCCACAAUCAGAGGAUGGAAUUCCUGGGUGACUCCAUAAUGCAGUUGGUAGCCACAGAGUAUUUAUUCAUACAUUUCCCUGAUCAUCACGAAGGGCACUUAACGCUGUUGAGAAGUUCUCUGGUAAACAACAGGACGCAGGCCAAAGUGGCAGAGGAGCUGGGUAUGCAAGAAUUUGCCAUCACUAAUGACAAGACAAAGAGACCUGUAGCUCUUCGGACUAAGACUUUGGCUGAUCUCUUGGAAUCCUUUAUUGCCGCCCUGUACAUUGAUAAAGAUUUGGAAUAUGUGCACACUUUCAUGAAUGUAUGCUUUUUUCCACGUUUAAAGGAGUUUAUUUUAAAUCAAGACUGGAAUGACCCUAAAUCUCAGCUUCAGCAGUGCUGCUUGACUCUCAGGACAGAAGGAAAAGAGCCAGACAUUCCUCUUUACAAGACUCUGCAGACCGUUGGACCUUCUCAUGCCAGGACAUAUACAGUAGCUGUUUAUUUCAAAGGUGAAAGAAUAGGAUGCGGUAAAGGCCCAAGUAUUCAGCAAGCGGAAAUGGGAGCUGCAAUGGAUGCACUUGAAAAAUAUAACUUUCCCCAGAUGGCCCAUCAGAAACGGUUCAUUGAACGGAAAUACAGACAAGAGUUGAAAGAAAUGAGGUGGGAAAGAGAGCAUCAAGAGAGAGAGCCAGAUGAGACUGAAGAAGCAAGGAAAUAAAAGGAGGGCACGGAAGCAGUGGCAUAUUUACUUACUUAAUAACUCUGACUGUGGCCUAUGGAGACCUAACCUAGUUUCUUGCAGAUGAUAAAUGAAGUGUGCCUGUUGGUAUCAAACACAAAAUCAUAAUCUCUCCUUAAAAAGUGUGUAUAUAGAGAACAUUUCUUUAGUUUGGUUUUAACUGCAAAGUUCCCCCCCGCAACUGAGAUUUGUUUUUAAGUCCUUUUAGUUUUUAUGAAAAGUUGUGGGAUUAUUUUUGUUGGUUUUAAUGUCUUGUAUGAAAUAAUAAAAUCUUAAUUUCAAAAAUCUGUAAGAAGAAUAACUGUUUAACAAAUGUCUCCUAUGUCCAAAUGCUAUUGUCAGCGAUCAGCAAAGUUACUGCAUGAACUCAGCUACAGAGGAAGAAAGUGUUGUGAUGUUAAUUCAGCAGAGCACUUAAGCAUGUAUCUCACCCAAAUCUUGCAGCUAUAUGUACUACUUUACUCUGCUAAAGCAGAGCCAUAAAUUUCUGGUCAGUACAUUGGUACAGUAACUUCAGCACAGGAAAUACUUUUGUUUUAAGCAAUGAAACUAGGAUUCCACACCUGAAGGGUGACACUACUGUGUGUGGAAGGUUGGAGUUUUGGUCUUUAAGCCAGUAUUUUAAACUUCUGGGGGAGGAGGGGGAAACCAUGGCAAUUAUGAAGCAAAGAAAUGCUAACUUUGUUUACAGAAUGUACUGAGUUUACAUUUACAAGUUUUGUGUCAUUCUCCACUUCUUUUUUAUCAUACUGAUGCCUGCUUUAAUGGGUUUCUUUGUCCAGAACAUAAUCAGUGUGGUCCUAAUUAAUAGUCAAAUAUUGUAUUAGGAAGUCCAGAACAUCCAAUUCUGCUGCAUAUGAUUCUGCAUAUGGACAACCAAUAUACAUCACCCAGCUACCUUGAUUUUGAAGUCUGUGGCUUGUAUUAGGCAGAAAGACACUUAGAAAAGGUUUGAAUCUUAUUUUGAGGUACCAAGCAAUGGAACAUCCACUGUGUCUGUUAGUGGUUUGUCCCCCUGAUUACCAGCUUCAUUGUAGACAUUUAUACCUUAUUCCUAUUUUUAAUUUUCCUGUUUCAAGCCAUUUAUUUCUGUUAUUUAUUUUCAUCUAGCUUAAAGAGUCUCUUACUAUCAUUGUAUUCUGUCUGGGAAGGUGCUGAUUUGCUGUAGUCAAGUCAUCUUUCCAUAUUCUGUUUUCUGAUGAGCAAAACAGAUGCAACUCUUAAAGCAUCUUAUUUUCUUCCUGCUUUGGAUCCUUUUUGGUGGGUCAUUUCUUCUCUUCUAGUAUGAAUAACACAGAUUUGAUGAGACGUCAGGUAGUUUCAUGGGCAUGAGUUUUGCCCAGAAAACUUCUGCAGGGUCCAUAAAAGACAACUUUUGACACAAGGGCCACCCUGCUCUGAGCAGUAGUUUCUAGUACUAUCCUAGUACUAGCUCAGCAGUUUCCUGAAGUAAUUUGCUGUAGGUGUGUGACAAAGAUCCCUGAAAGCACUUUCUUGCAGGUGCCAAAAUAGACAGUGGUGUAGCUGAAAAAUUCAAACUACAGAAAUGUCUUCCCAAAUUUUCACUUCUGAGCUAAUCAGUACAUGCAUUUUCAUAAACACAUUUUUUGUACACAUGCAACGUGAGGCAUGCUUAAAUGUGUUUUUGAAAGCUUGACCUCACAGCACUACCUGACUUCUUUCAGCUUGUACGACUGCCUUUUCUUAAUGGAUUGAUGCUUUAAAUCCAUUUCAGAAGAUGAGACAAAAAAAAAUUCUGUAAAUUGAAGAGUGAUGAUAAAACAUUAAAACAUAAAGGAAGGGAAUAAAAAAACCAACAACAUAAAAGGCAAGGAGCUGCUCUCUGCUGGAUGCUGCUGCUGUUUUAUUUUUGAGAAGUGACUGCAGCUCCUUACAGCUGCAGUCUGUAAAUAAAAAAACUGAAAUGUCUUUGAACAGCAGCAGGCUUAAAACACAAGUAACAACCAUCUCCCCCUUUUCCCCAAAUCUUGUGUGUUUCAAAUCCUUUUGUAUAAUUGCCCAUCUGCUUCUAGCAAUAGGCUGAAUUGGUGCAUUGGUGGAGGGUGACAGGCGAUUGUGUACACCAUUACUUUAUUUUCCCAUCUUAACUGUGAUCAGAGCCAUGCACUUAAAUAAAACCAGCAAUGACUUAAUUUCCAGGUGUAUGGUCACUGUGCAAAUUUCUCUUAUUUAUGAUAUGACCGGAAUACCACAGUGCAAUUUUGGGGUCAUAGUUUGAAAUUGCUUUUAUUUUCCCUCUAUAUCGUUCCAGUUUUCAGGUGUAUGAAGUAUUGUUAUUCAUACACAUUUGCAUAAAAAUAGACUGAAUUUUUCAGAUAUGCUGUUUGGGGAAGGAAUCCAUGAUUGCUUUCUCUCAGAUAGCUCUUCUUUUAGACACAGAAAUUGCUUGAAAACAAGCUAACUUUUAAAAUGAUUACCACAUUCUGUUAUUACAGUUAACAGAGCUUUGGUCUUCCACUAUAAAAUGUAAAAGAUGACCACUUUUCAUGUGUGUGGUCUAUUUUCCAUUUACCAGUUGCAAAAUAUGGGCUAGAGAGAUUUCCUGAAGAAAUCUCAUUUUCCUUGUCUUGGAGGGCAGUAAACUAAAGGAAUGGAGAAUAAACGCAUCAAACUAUCAUUUUGUCUGCAAAAAACAGUGGUUGUGAAUAUAUUUCAUCAUUCAGAUGGAUGUCUAGAAUGUCUAACAUGAACACAGUCCUUUAUAACACAGUAAGGAGACAAUGGUGUUUCUUUAAGUUGCCUUAAAUUUUGGAAAAAUAGUUACUUACCUCACGUUAAUCAACAAAAGAGUUGUAGUUUAUGACUAGACAACUUUAAUUUUUGGAGGAGGAAGAGGGGAAACGUGAAGAUGUCUCUGGCUUGUUGAUACAAUAAGGUCCUUGUUUGAUUGCUCUACAGCCUGAUCUGUUCUGAUCUAGGAGUUCUAAUUCAAGAUCAAUUGGUUUGUUUUGGGAACAAGCAGGUGAAUGAAGAAAAAGACUGUACGUAUUGUUGCUAUUAAAUUUUCCACGAGAGACUUCAGGCAUGGCUGUUACUCCCUAAAAUAACUUGGAAAGAUCAAAAGGCAAAUCUUGAUCAUCUUUCUUCUACUUCAAAGACAAUAUUUGAUUAUACAGGCUAUAUAUUUAGAUGAAUUAGGUGGUUCACUUAUAAAAACUUUGGUGAAAGUUUUAUAUAAGGGCUAUAGGGAGCUCCAGAAGGGCUUAGGGGGUUGAUCAUCUACAUCGUAUAUUCUCUUUGGUGGGGGUUGUAUUGUGAUAAAAAUUUCCAUGACUCAUACAUCCUACCCCCCACCCCAUGUUUUUUUUUUCUUUUUUUCCCUACAGGUUAUAGAUUUGUCAUCCAGCCUUCAAAGUAGUUUUGCCUAAACAGGGUAUACUAAACCAGAAGGUGAUUCCUGUUUUGUCUCCUUUAUGAGUGUUGUCUAGCUUGUAGUGAGAACUUGCAGUUGAAGAACGCUCCAGUACCUUCUGUUCACUACAAGCUUAAAUGCUUAGUUCUUGGAAUGACUGAAAUCUUAUUGUGAAUGGGCACAGAAAGAAAUGUGACAUGUCCCAUCAUUUGGUACUGGUAAUUAGUUUUCCCUGGUAAGCCUUGACUAGCAUGGCAUUGGGAUAGACAUCCUGGAGUCUGCUGUUUGUGUUGUUUCAUUUAUAGCUGGGCAAAUACGCUGAAUAACCUGGAAAGUAGCUGGCUGAAUAAUGAACUCACAUUUUCUUAUAAACCAAAAAGUAAAAUUUAUCAUAACAAUACAGUAGGUGGUGCAGGGAAUCAGAUUCCUCAUCUGUCACUGGCAUAUCUCAAUAUCCUUUAUUCUUACUGCAGAACUGUUCAUUAGACUGUCUGUCACUGAUAUCAAAUGAGUUUUGUUUGAAAGCUAGAAUAACUUGUAUUUUGAAGACCUAAUCUCCCUCUGAUGUGUAACAGCUCCCAUUAAAAUGAAGUGCAAAUCUAGAGGUGUACUGGUCACUUCGAAUUAUAGGCUGGGUAGAGACUUUUAGUUUAUCGAGAAUGGCCUUUCAUAAAUUUUCCUUAACUUUUCCCUCCCUUGUAUUCUUAUGUAUUUUGUGUUCCCAGCUUGAAUUGCAGAUGGCAUGUUUCUUAGCAAAUUUGUCAUGUUUACCAAAGUUCUUUGUCUACCUAGCAGUGAAAGGCUAGGUAAGACCAUCCAUCACAAUCUUUGUUUAGUGUUUCUCUGUAUUCCUGUUUUAGAGCAGUUCUGUAGAAAGAAAUAAGGGUGGAUGACUGUG